AUGUUGCAACAUCAUCAACAGCAAUCACAGGUGCCACAAUCUAGUGGCUAUUAUGACUACAAUCAUACGCCUAGUCCGGGCAGCAUGACAAAUGCGGAUGCCAUGAACACAACGCCCUUCUCCGUUAAGGAUAUACUGAAUAUGGUUAAUCAGACGGAAUCAUAUGAGGGGCCCUAUGGCCAUAUCGAGAGCGCAGCGACGGCAGCAGCGCUUUACGGCGCCACUGAGUACCACCAAUCUCAGUCGCAUUCUCAGCAGCAACAACAACAAGCACAGCAACAACAACAACAAUUGCAACACAUGCCGGAGCAUCAGCAGGACACAACAAUAUUGUCGCCUAUCCUGGCGCCACAUGGUCACCAUCAGCUUUAUGCCGCAGGCUAUCAGGACUACGGCUAUCAGCCCGCCUACAAUAUGGCGCCCCAGUUCUAUGCGGGCCCCACGUCGGGCGCCUAUCAGAACACCAGCUACGGCAACUACGGCUAUACACCGCCUACGGACGCCUAUGUCGCACCCAUGCCCGCCAUUCCCCACAUCAAGAGCGAGUAUAUACCCACGCCCUAUGUCACGCCCUCGCCAACCCUAGAUCUGAACAGCUCCGCGGAGGUGGAAACCCACCAUACGCCGGCCUACAAGCUCAACCCUGCUGGCAUCGGCUCUGGCGUAGGGAUGUCGCAGGGUCUGUUGGAGUCUGCCGGUACUUCGACAGCCCUACGCAACAUAACCGGCGCUAUACCUUCCAUGCAAAUCGGCGGUUCCGUUGAGUGCGCCAAGCGAAAGGAAACUGUUCAAGUGACCAGUUCUCGGUCCGAGCUGCGCAAAAGCAACAACAACUCCAACAACAAUAACAGCAGCAGCAACAACAACAACAACAACAGCAAUCCCUCCAAGCCGCGCAUGAAACGCAAACCGCGGGUGCUCUUCUCCCAGGCCCAGGUUCUGGAACUGGAGUGCCGUUUUCGACUCAAGAAAUAUUUAACUGGCGCCGAACGUGAAAUUAUUGCUCAGAAGCUAAAUCUGUCGGCCACACAAGUGAAGAUUUGGUUUCAGAAUCGUCGCUACAAGUCGAAGCGCGGCGAUAUUGAUGGCGAGGGAGCCGUCAAGCUUUUCAAAAUCAAAUCGGAACCAAACACCUUGCCUCCACCCCCGCACAUGUUGUGGGGAGCAACCGCCUCGCAACAGCAACAUCAGCAGCAACAGCAACAGCAACAACAAUUGCACUUGCAGUGA